GGUAAAAGAAGCGCCAAAUACAAAUCCUGCAGAAAAGCAACGACUGAAGCUGGUAGCAAUGGCGGCAACUGAUUCUCAGAAACAAUUGUUCACUUUGAUUCGCGAUUUCGCUGCUGAGAAAUCUCAUGGAGAGAGAAGAAUCUGCGGUUUGAAGAAGCGCAUUGAGGAGCUUCGAUCAGAGUUAGAUGUUGCAAAUGCAGAACUUGAGAAUGGAAAACGCAUCAAAGAAACUACAGAUCAAGAGCUCAAAGGCUUCGAGGUUGAAUUAUCCAUGAACGAAACUUCAAAGCAAACCCUAGAGACGAGAAUUGCUUCCAUUCAGGAUGAGAUUUCUAGAGUAGGAUCUGAUGUUGACGGUCUUAAGAAUGAAGAAGCAGCUCUUAGAGAUGAAUUUAUCUCUCAAAUGCUCAACUUCAAGACUGAGAUAAGAAAUUUCCAGGACUUAGCUCGUUCCAAUCCGCAACAAAGUAGUUGCAUGAGAGCUUUACCAGGCACAGCAGAUUCAGAAUCAAUUGGUCUUGAGAAGAAGGUUUCCUCCAUAGUUGUUCAGACCGCAGCAGAAGAAGAAGAAUGUAAAAUGGAACAAGAUCUUCAUAAUCAGCUGCAGCAAGAUGUGCGAGACUUUAAGAGGAAACUAGAGCUGAUUGAGGCAAUUAUGAAGGACAUGGAGGAGUUGCAGAACUUAACAAGAUAUCCUUACUGUCUUUGUUACUCUCUACACUCAUGGAAAAUGAAUGUGCCCAUUAUAGUCUUUGACAUGUAUGAAAACUGUCAUAUCCUUCAGUCAGGUUAAAAGUAUAUACCACCUUUCUUCCUAUAACAUAUGCUCCGGUGAUUGACACUUCUGGGCCUAUGGCUAAUUACAGAAAUUUUAAGAUCCAUUCCAAGUUUUCUUAUUCUAGAUCAACCCUAGUUCUAUUUUUAUGUAUAUUUUUCUAUCUUUUUCAUUAUGUCGUUCUGGGCAACAUUCUAUAUUCGUUGGGUAACUAGCGUAUCUUGUCGAUUUUGUGUUGUCAUGCAUUGAAAUGUCUAGAUGUGCAAGAUUUUAAUGGAUUCCACAAAAUAUAUAAAAGCUUCACUUGGCUCAGAUAUUUGUUAAGAAUGUGGUUGCCUGGUACAUCUUUUCCUGAAAGUACAAGCUUAUUCAUUUAGGAACUGAACUAUCAUAUUUGAGUGGACUCUCUGUAAAACCAUCUAUACAUUGUCAUGCUUGUCUUUGACUUGAUAUAAGCAGACUUCUGACUUGGAGAACAAAUGUGCUCUCUUCAGUGAAGAGUUGCAGAGGAAGUGUAUCUGUCCUAAUUGUCAUCUUGACAAUUCAGAAGCCUUGGCAGAACAACUUCAAGCAAUGGAGCAAAAUUGAUUUUCAGUCCCAGGACAUCUAUUUCUGUGGUGAAAAGGGCAGAGACAGGCCUAUGGUCAGAAAAUUUACUUUCUCCACGAAAAUAAGAAAGUUGCUGUAUCCCACUCCCAAACCACAUAAUCCUGUCACACCUGAAAUCACAAC